UCUGUCUAGCGUGAUAGUCUCUUUUCUGAAUUAAUUUUCCAGCACUUGAAUACGGGGUAAAUGGAGAAUUUAAUAACAGAGGAUUUAAUAUCCACUAAGCUUGAAGUGGAUGACACGGCAGAUAAGUUGUAUCAUGAACACAACAAACUAGUUGAACCUGAAUCAAACAGCAGCACUUCAGAGAAAAGCGAACUACAGAGCCGUGACACUGAAGCCGACCCAGGUACAGUCAAAGUCGCCUCGCGGACGAGUGAGGUUAUGGAGACGGGACUGUGCGAGCAGGACGGGGAUCAGCACUCUGGCUCUCUGCAUGGGAAAAGCGAACUACGGAGCCGUGACGCUGAAGCCGACCCAGGUACAGUCAAAGUCGCCUCGCGGACGAGUGAGGUUAUGGAGACGGGACUGUGCGAGCAGGACGGGGAUCAGCACUCUGGCUCUCUGCAUGGGAAAAGCGAACUACGGAGCCGUGACGCUGAAGCCGACCCAGGUACAGUCAAAGUCGCCUCGCGGACGAGUGAGGUUAUGGAGACGGGACUGUGCGAGCAGGACGGGGAUCAGCACUCUGGCUCUCUGCAUGGGAAAAGCGAACUACGGAGCCGUGACGCUGAAGCCGACCCAGGUACAGUCAAAGUCGCCUCGCGGACGAGUGAGGUUAUGGAGACGGGACUGUGCGAGCAGGACGGGGAUCAGCACUCUGGCUCUCUGCAUGGGAAAAGCGAACUACGGAGCCGUGACGCUGAAGCCGACCCAGGUACAGUCAAAGUCGCCUCGCGGACGAGUGAGGUUAUGGAGACGGGACUGUGCGAGCAGGACGGGGAUCAGCACUCUGGCUCUCUGCAUGGGAAAAGCGAACUACGGAGCCGUGACGCUGAAGCCGACCCAGGUACAGUCAAAGUCGCCUCGCGGACGAGUGAGGUUAUGGAGACGGGACUGUGCGAGCAGGACGGGGAUCAGCACUCUGGCUCUCUGCAUGGGAAAAGCGAACUACGGAGCCGUGACGCUGAAGCCGACCCAGGUACAGUCAAAGUCGCCUCGCGGACGAGUGAGGUUAUGGAGACGGGACUGUGCGAGCAGGACGGGGAUCAGCACUCUGGCUUUCUGCAUGGGAAAAGCGAACUACGGAGCCGUGACGCUGAAGCCGACCCAGGUACAGUCAAAGUCGCCUCGCGGACGAGUGAGGUUAUGGAGACGGGACUGUGCGAGCAGGACGGGGAUCAGCACUCUGGCUCUCUGCAUGGGAAAAGCGAACUACGGAGCCGUGACGCUGAAGCCGACCCAGGUACAGUCAAAGUCGCCUCGCGGACGAGUGAGGUUAUGGAGACGGGACUGUGCGAGCAGGACGGGGAUCAGCACUCUGGCUCUCUGCAUGGGAAAAGCGAGCUACGGAGCCGUGACGCUGAAGCCGACCCAGGUACAGUCAAAGUCGCCUCGCGGACGAGUGAGGUUAUGGAGACGGGACUGUGCGAGCAGGACGGGGAUCUGCACUCUGGCUCUCUGCAUGGGACUGUACAUCAGGAGGCAGUGAUCCCUCUCUGUGGUGAUGGAGGGUCUUUGGCACUGUUGAGCAUGCAGUAUAGGGAUGACAGCUCAGAUGACCCCUCAGACAGUGACUCAGACUCUUCUUCAUCCUCCACAUCAUCUUCAUCCUCCUCUUCCUUGUCUGGUCCUACGAAUGAGCCUGACCAGGACGGUGAUCAGGAAGAUGGACACACUUCUGGGAAGAAACUGCCGCCAGUAAGGACUCAAGAUGAGCUGCUUAUUGAGGACCUUCCCCCGGUGGAAAAUCUGACCCUUACCCUCCCUGAGGAGACAGAAGUGGAGGCUGUUGGAAUCAUCUCAAGCAUCAUAGAUCAGCUAGUCAUUGUUGAAUCAAAAAAGGACAGUCCACCCCUGAAUGAGGACAGUGUCUUAUUCAACAAGGACCACCUAGCUAUCGGCAGGGUGUUUGAAGUGUUUGGCCCAGUUUGUCAGCCGUACUACGUCCUGAGGUUCAACUCUCAAGAGGAAAUAGAGCAGAAGAACCUCCACUUAAGGGAGAUGGUUUUCUUCGCUCCAAAACUCAAAGACUUCACUGACUACAUCUUUGUUGAGAAGAUUAAGCAAACGAGAGGCUCAGAUGCUUCAUGGAAGAAUGACCAGGAGCCUCCCCCAGAGGCGCUGGACUUCAGUGAUGAUGAGCAGGAGAGGCUGGCUAAACAGAAACUGAAGGAGCAGAAGAGACAUCAUCAGCAGAGCCUCGAGGACUCAGACUUGGAGAGCGAACCUUCCUCAGUCGCUCAGCAGAGACCUCCGUCCUCACAGAAACCGCUGCGGAGGAAACCACGCCAGGGCCGGAAUUUUCCACGUGACCAGUCUGCGUACCACAACCCUCACGCAGGCUUCCACAGCAACUAUCACACUAUACCCCACUUUCUGCCCCAUGGCCCUGCCCACUUCCCACCCGAGUGUAUGUUCCCUCCUCCUGGCCCCUACCAGCCACCCUUCCAGGGUCCUGGGUACUCUCCCUACCCCAGACCACCCCCUCCUCCCAUGGGCAUGGUCCCCUGGCCCCCAGGGCCUUACCCAGACCCCAUGUUCCACCCUGCUCCACCUCCACCUCCUCCCUCAAUUUAACACUCAGUGGCUUUAUGUCUGUCUAGUCUGUCCAGUGUCUUCUAAAAAGAAGCCGGACUUAUUUACCUGUGCUGAACUGACUGAACAUUCUAAUAUUCUUAUGCCUCCGUAAUAAGCUUCUUAAGUGGGUAUGAAGAGGUUCUUAUUGUACUUUCUUCAGAGGUUCAUGCUAAUAACUGUGUUGAGAAGAAACCAGAUGGAACAUACAGGUACCAUGCAGGCCUUAUUUGUAAAUUAUUUGGUUGUAUACUAAUAGACAAAGCUUUAUUAAUCAGAGUCGGUGGACAUUGGAACUGCAGAUUUUUGUAAUAAAACGAUAAUACCUCAUUAAAAGGUGUGAGUCCUUUUCAGAUGACAUUUUCCUGUACCUAGCCUGCUACAAAUUUGCAUUUCUUAUUAUACAUGCACUUGUUUUGCAUACUUACUUAUUUACAUAUUUACUGAAUGCUUUAUUUAUGUGUUAUAUUUCUGCA